UAAUGCUAUGGAGAAACUGAAAUAUCCUCAUUUUACUUGUACUCGUUUGACGUCAUUAGAGAUCAUAUUUCCUGCGAAGAUGUGAAAUGGGGUUCGAGUUUUGAUUUGUUUAUCUAUCUCAUGAACAAAAACUUGCAUCAGUCAAAACCUUUUUGAAAUGGCAACUCGAAGAAAGUCCAUGAGCAUUGCGGAAGAGGAUGCCUUUCUCCACACGUUUGACGAGCUCAUGGAAGAAAUCGCAGAGUUUUCCACCUACAAAGACAUGGAGGAAACGAUCGAAUGGUUGCGACGGGCCGUUAAUUACAAUGUCCCAGGAGGAAAGCAGAUUCGGGGUCGUGGCGUUGUCGCGGCGUAUCGUGCCUUAGUCGACGAACCAGACACAGAGGCUUUAAAGGAGUGUUACAUUUUGGGAUGGUGCAUAGAAAUUUUUCAUGCAUGUUUCCUAAUUUCGAGCGAUAUCAUCGACAACUCUGAAACGAGGAGAGGAAGAGCAUGCUGGUACCUCGUUGACAAAAUUGGAGACUUGGCCAUAAAUGACGCUUUCCUUCUGUCAAGUGUCAUGGAUAUUUUUCUGGAUCGCUACUUUAUCAGCAAACCGUAUUAUUCUGAUUUGAUUAAGCUUUUCCACGAUGUCCAUCUCAAAACUUCGUUUGGACAAUGCAUGGACAUUCAAUGUAGCAAAAAGCAGAGUUUGGGAGAAUUUACGAUGGACCAAUAUCGAAAAAUCGUUAAGUACAAGACGUGCUACUUAUCUUUCUUUCUACCCGUGGCAUCAGCCAUGAUUCUGGCAGGAAAAACGGAGAAAGAUGACUGGAAAUCGAUGGAAGCGGUGGUUAUCGAGCUGGGAUUGUUGUUUCAAAUCCAAGAUGAUUUUCUCGAUUGCUUCGGUAAUGCAAAAGUCACUGGAAAAAUUGGGACGGAUAUUACCGAAAAUAAAUGCUCCUGGCUGAUCGUGAAAGCAUUUGAGCAGGCGAAUGAGAAUCAGAAAUCAAUUUUAAAAGAAAAUUAUGGCCGAGGGAAGGAAAGCUCGCCAGCAAACGAGAAGAGAUGCAGGGAAAUUUAUGAAUCAUUGUCGCUCCCGAAUGAAUACAAUAAGCUCGAGGAAGCUUGCUACAAAUCCAUUUGCGACAAAAUUUCCAAACUGUCGCCCAAGAUUCCGAGCAUAAUAUUUUCUGAAACGGCGGACGUUAUCUAUCACAGAAAUAAAUAAAGUGGAAACGGAGCUGUAGUUAGUUGGAAUGCACAAAUAGCAAUAAGAAUUAAUUUGAAUUAUUUAGUAAUAAUAGUUUGAAAAUGUGAUUCUUUGAGAUAAAAAUAUGGAAAUAAAUUAAAUAAAGUUAUAAGUAAAUAUUGUA